AUGUCCCCUUUCAAUUUACAAAAAUGCGCCCGCCCCAAUAUAUUGGCCCUGCAACCGUAUCGGUGCGCCAGAGAUGACUACAAAGAUGACGGAACCAAGGUCCUGCUCGACGCGAAUGAAAAUGCUUUUGGCCCAUCCAUCGCACCGGACGAUGCGCAGGCUAUCCUGGGGCAAGGCACCACCACGGGUGGUCCGGACCUGGACCUCCUGGGCCUGCACAGGUAUCCCGACCCUCACCAAACCGACCUAAAGCAACUGCUGUGCAACCUGCGCAACACAAAGGUGCACACUUCGGGGACGCUGCUGCCCGAGAAUCUCUUCGUCGGCGUGGGCAGCGACGAGGCCAUCGACGGCCUGCUGCGGUGCUUCUGCGUCCCAGCACGGGACCGCAUCCUGGUCUGCCCGCCCACAUACGGCAUGUACUCAGUCUCGGCGCAGGUCAACGACGUCGGCCUCGUCAAGGUGCCGCUGCUCCCCGCACCGGACUUUGCGCUCGACACCGACGCCGUCCUCGCGGCGCUGUCGGCCCCGGACGCCGACACCAUCAAGCUGGUCUAUCUCUGCUCGCCCGGUAACCCCACCGCGUCGCUUCUGGCCAAGGAGGACGUCAAGCGCGUGAUGGAGCACCCGACGUGGAACGGCGUCGUUGUGCUGGACGAGGCUUACGUCGACUUUGCGCCCGACGGCACCUCCCUCGCUGAGUGGGUACUUGAGUGGCCCAACCUGGUUGUCAUGCAGACCUUCUCCAAGGCCUUUGGCCUGGCCGGCAUCCGCCUCGGCGCCGCCUUUGCCUCGGCCGAGAUCGCCAGCCUGCUCAACUCUCUCAAGGCGCCCUACAACAUCUCCAGCCCGACCAGCGCACUGGCUUCGUAUGCAGCAUCGCCCAAAGGUCUGGCCGCGAUGCGGGCGAGCCGGGAAAAGAUCAUACAGCAGCGGGAUCGACUCAUUGCCGAGCUGGCCAAAACUGAAGGUAUUGGCAGGUUGAUGGGAGGUACGGCUAGCAAUUUCUUGCUCUACGAGAUACUCAAUGCUCAAGGGCAGCCGGACAACGCUACUGCUCUUGCUGUCUACGAGAAAUUGGCCGAGUCGAGAGGUGUGGUGGUGCGCUUCCGGGGUAAGGAGCACGGAUGUCUUGGUUGCCUGAGAAUAACGGUUGGCACUGAGGAUGAGGUCACAAGGUUUCUCGCUUCACUCAAGGACAUUCUGGCUCAGGUCCGGGGUUGA